ACGCCGCGCCCGCGCGGGCCGCUUCCUCUCCAACCGCGCCGCUCCACGCCAUCCAACCUCCUCCCUAUCCACGGCUAUCCCCUCCCUCACCGCUAUCCGCUAUAAAUAGGCGCCGGCGCAACGGUCCUCUCCUUCCCUCUCCUCGAUCUUGCUGGCCGCCCGCCUCGCGCUCGCGCCCACCCCAACUCGCGCGCACGGCCGCACCGCGGCACGUCGCGUCGCGUCGCGUCGCGUCGCAUCCCGCCGUGCCCGCGAAAACCGGCGCCGCCGCUCCACCGCAGCAGCGCCCGCCGUCGCGCCGGGGCAGGUAGCGGCGGCCAUGGCGGUGGACCGCGUGGACGGCGAGGAGGCGUUCGAGGAGGUGGACCCGACGGGUCGGUUCGGGCGAUACGCGGACGUGCUGGGGCUCGGGUCCGUCAAGAAGGUGUACCGCGGGUUCGACCAGGAGGAAGGGAUCGAGGUGGCGUGGAACCGCGUCCGGCUGCGCGCGCUGGCGGACCGCGACCCCGGCAUGGUGGACCGCCUCCACGCCGAGGUGCGCCUCCUCCGCUCGCUCAGCCACGACCACAUCAUCGGCUUCCACAAGGUGUGGCUGGACCGCGACGCCGGCGUGCUCAACUUCAUCACCGAGGUCUGCACCUCCGGGAGCCUCCGCGAGUACCGCCACCGCCACCGCCACGUCUCCGUCAAGGCGCUCAAGAAGUGGGCGCGCCAGAUCCUGGAGGGUCUCAACCACCUCCACACCCACGACCCCUGCAUCAUCCACCGCGACCUCAACUGCAGCAACGUCUUCAUCAAUGGCAACAACGGCCAGGUGAAGAUUGGCGACCUCGGGCUGGCGGCGAUCGUGGACAAGACGCACGUGGCGCACACCAUCCUGGGCACGCCGGAGUUCAUGGCGCCGGAGCUAUACACGGAGACGUACACGGAGUCGGUGGACAUCUACUCGUACGGGAUGUGCGUGCUGGAGAUGGUGACGCGGGAGGUGCCCUACGCCGAGUGCGGCAGCGUCGUGCAGAUCUUCCACAACGUCACCCGGGGCGUCCCGCCCGCGGCGCUCAAGCGGCUCAAGGACCCCGAGCUGCGGGGAUUCAUCGAGCGAUGCAUCGGCCAGCCCCGGAACCGGCCCUCGGCCGCCGAGCUCCUGCAGGACCCGUUCUUCAACGGCAUCCGCGGCGGGGACGACGACGACGCGCUUGCUGAUGCCUGCAGCGUCGUCGCCGGCGCGCCGGCCGUGCCACGCCCGCGGAGCUACGUCGACGACCUCGCCGGGCUCCGGCUGGACUGACCGACCGUGUUCCACUUGCUCCCAGCGUUAAUUAUUCUGCUUCUGUAUCAGCUGGCGCGUGUUAACGUGUUUUAGAAUUCAGGGAUUGCUGGUCUUAGUGAAUUCAUGGCCGGCGAGCGAUUAUUGCAAGUGUGUAUAGAUUGUUUAAUUUACGUCUCACCGGCGAUCGACUAGUUUGUUCACUGUAUCUGUACCAAUAAUUGUUGUUGGCUUUGCGCGAGAUGAAGCGCUGUAUUUGACUUUGCGUGCUGAAUCUUUCAAACAGUGGUUUUCCCUGA